UGUUGAUUGAUAAAUGAUCACAGCCAAUCAGCAGGUCCCGGGCAUGAAUCAUUGAUCACGGAGCAGGGGCGGACUGACAACUCAUGGGGCCCCCGGGCAAUAGGGGAUCAUGGGGCCCCUGUGUCCUCGCCCACAAUCAAACCACACCCAAAAAAAGCCUAUGAAAAGGUACCAGGGGCAUCUCAUGGGGCCCCCUACUGAGCCAGGGCCCUUGGGCAGUACCCAAGUUCCCAAAUGGUCAGUCUGCCCCUGUCAUGGAGUA